AUGACGACUGGCCGGCACAUUGUCCGCGACAUCAGCUGCAAGCAAUGCCACGACACGGUCGGAUGGAAGUACGACAAGGCCUACGAGAGCUCGGAAAAGUACAAGGAAGGCAAGUUCAUCCUCGAGGCCGAGCUUCUGUGCAACGUCAGCUAG